GCAGCCACCAUGAAGGGCCUGCGGCUGUUCUGCUGCUGCCUGGCUCCGCUCCUACUCCUGGGAAGGGCAGAACUGCAAGUUUCUGCCCCGGAUGGCACAGAAGAGGCUGCCAGCUUGGCCGAGGGCCGCCUGUUGCCGGGAGACCCAAGCCUAGCCCAGCAGGAGGGGAUGCUCUAUGGUGACGCUGCUCGGCUUCCUGGGAAGGGACUCCUCCUCCAGCACUCAGUCAGCCCCCAGGAUGCGCGUGGAGAGCCCCUGGCCAAGGGAGGCGCUGAUCCGGAGGGCCAGGCUGACACCUCAGAAGAGAAGGCAGCGGGAGGUGGCCCUGCCGUGGGGCACAGCCCAGAGGCGCAAGGAGAAGAGGGGGGCCGCCCAGGAGAUCCGGGGGCUUUGGUGGGAGAGGCAGCUCCUGGAUCUCAGGAGCAGGAAGGUGGAAGUGGGGCCCAGUUGCGCCCAGGGCCCAGCAGAGACGCCAUCCCAGGAAGAAGGGCAGAGUCCCUGGAGGCAAGAGAGGAACCAUCUCCUCGGGAGACCCAGAGCACCCUGGCUGCACACUUGGGCGAAGAUGAGGGAGGCUCAGAGGUCAACCCCACCACAGGGAGGAACCCCUUGGAGGCACAAGGUGCCAUCCGACAGGACGUGAAAGAAGAGACCGGAGGGGGAGCAGCCCCGGAGGCAGGUGGAGGAGGCCCCAGAGAGGAAGAGGGCAUCACCCUGAGCGAGGAGGAGGAGGCAGAGGGUGGAACGGCGGGGGACCCUGGGCCAUUGGAGGCAGUGGGUUCUGAAGAGGAUGAAGAAGAAGAAAAAGAAGUCAUCUUGGCGAGGGAGGUCCUUGCAACCCUGGGCAAAGAGAUUUCUCAUGAGGAGGAGGAAGGCGACGUGGCUCUUGAAGAUGGAGGAGAUUCCGAAGAAGGCGGGGAAGACCCACCCGACAUGGAUGUCAGCCUGGAACCGGCUCCUGGGGCCCACCUCCAGCCCCAAGAGAGAGACCUCCAUGAAGCUGGGUUGCCUAGCAAUGGGGACUCCCUCCACAGAGGUGAUGGAACCCCCUCUGAGGAUGCCAGCCCAGCCCUGGCAGUGGAAGCUGCCAACCCGGCAGCCGAUGCUCUGACUCGGCUCACCCAGAGAGCCUCUCUCUGCCUUUCUCCUCUCUCCGCAGAAGAGGUGGAGGAAGCCUUGCGGGAUCGUUCCCACAUUGAGAGCACCUUGAAGCUGAAGGAGGACAAGCCGGUGGAUGACUACUCAGCCACUCUGCAGCGCCUGAGGAAGAUCUACCACACAGCCAUCAAGCCCUUGGAGCAGUCCUACAAGUACAACGAGCUGCGGCAGCAUGAAAUCACCGCUUACCCUGGACGCACCUUGGGCUCUUCAGCCACAGAUGGAGAGAUCACUUCCAAGCCCAUGGUGCUGUUCCUGGGGCCAUGGAGCGUUGGCAAAUCCACCAUGAUCAACUACCUACUGGGACUGGAUGACACCCCUUACCAGCUCUACACAGGAGCUGAGCCGACCACCUCGGAGUUCACGGUCAUCAUGCACGGCCCCAAGCUCAAGACCAUUGAAGGCAUCGUCAUGGCUGCUGACAGCGCGCGCUCCUUCUCGCCGCUUGAGAAGUUUGGACAGAACUUUCUGGAGAAGCUGAUUGGGAUUGAGGUCCCUCAUAAGCUUUUGGAGAGGGUGACUUUUGUGGAUACUCCCGGGAUCAUUGAGAAUCGGAAGCAGCAAGAACGGGGCUACCCAUUCAAUGACGUCUGCCAGUGGUUCAUCGACAGAGCUGACCUCAUUUUCGUAGUGUUUGACCCCACGAAGUUGGACGUGGGUCUGGAGCUGGAGAUGCUCUUCCGCCAGCUGAAGGGCCGUGAAUCUCAGAUCAGAAUAAUUCUGAACAAAGCAGACAGCCUGGCCACUCAAGAGUUGAUGCGAGUGUAUGGGGCCUUGUUUUGGAGCCUGGCCCCACUGAUCAACGUCACUGAGCCCCCUAGGGUUUAUGUCAGCUCCUUUUGGGCUCAGGACUACCAGCCAGACACUCACAGAGACCUUUUCCUAAAAGAAGAGAUCUCACUCCUAGAAGACCUCAACCAGGUGAUUGAGAACAGGCUGGAGAACAAGAUUGCCUUCAUCCGCCAACAUGCCAUCAGGGUCCGCAUCCACGCCCUCCUUGUUGACCGCUACUUACAAACCUAUAAGGAUAAAAUGACCUUCUUCAGUGAUGGAGAGCUGGUGUUCAAGGACAUUGUGGAGGAUCCAGACAAAUUCUACAUCUUUAAGUCUAUUCUGGCCAAGACCAACGUCAGCAAGUUUGACCUCCCUAACCGUGAGGCCUACAAGGACUUCUUUGGGAUCAACCCUAUCAGCUCCUUCAAGCUUCUUGCUCAGCAGUGUUCCUACAUGGGAGGCUGUUUUCUGGAGAAGAUCGAGAGGGCCAUAACUCACGAGCUGCCUGAUCUCUUGGGGAGUGUUGGCCUGGGGAAGAAGCCCAGCGUCCUCUCCUGCGACACCACAGGCUGCGGGGAAACUCCGAAGAACCGCUACAAGAAACAUUAACGGGGCUGUUCCACCACGUAACCACCGGUUCCUUUGCUCCCGUUGGUGAAUGAUCUUAUGUCUUAUCUGUCCAAGAUGCCAAGGUUUGUUAACCCUUCCAGUGCCACACUGGCAAGAGCUAAUAUACAAGGAGGAGCUGGAGUCCCUGGCAGCAA